CCGGGCCCGCGGCUAGCAGACCCAGGCGCUGGCUGGAGCAACGCCCCCCCACCCCCGAGCAGAGGCACCCCCACUUUCCAACUCUGCGGGCGAUGCAGCCGACUCAGGACGCAGGCAAGGUGUCCGGAAUCCGGGUUCUCCCAGAGGACAGAGGCCGUGACUAACUAGCCUGGGCCAGGUUUCUAGAAGCCGAGCUGGUGACUUUCAGCGGCUUGCACGGCCCCUCAUUUAUUCUUGGGAAAGCUGGAGACACCUGUGCAAGGGCAGGUCUGUGAAGAGGAAGAGGAAGGGCCCCUUUGUGCCACCGCUGCAGGGCUGUGAUUGGUCCAGAGCUCUGGCAAGUCUCCCCUUCUGAUGAAAAGAGAACAGAAGAAUGGACUACAGUCACCAAACCUCCCUCGUCCCGUGUGGACAAGAUAAAUACAUCUCCAAGAACGAACUUCUCCUUCAUCUGAAGACCUAUAAUUUGUACUAUGAAGGCCAGAAUUUGCAGCUCCGACACCGUGAGGAGGAAGAUGAGUUCAUCGUGGAGGGGCUGCUGAACAUCUCCUGGGGGCUGCGACGGCCCAUCCGUCUACAGAUGCAGGAUGACAAUGAGCGCAUUCGCCCCCCGCCGUCCUCUUCCUCCUGGCACUCUGGCUGUAACUUGGGGGCGCAGGGCACCAUCCUGAAGCCCCUCACCAUGCCCAACAUUCAGAUCUCAGAAGCAGAUGCCCCGCCCGAGGGCGAGCAGACACCGAGCCCCACAGGUACAGACUCCAGGGGCCUCAAGCCCCUGCAGGAAGACACCCCCCAGCUGAUGCGCACACGCAGUGAUGUUGGGGUGCGUCGCCGUGGCAACGUGAGGACACCCGGUGACCAGAGACGAAUCAGACGCCACCGCUUCUCCAUCAAUGGCCAUUUCUACAACCACAAGACAUCGGUGUUCACGCCAGCCUACGGCUCCGUCACCAACGUCCGCAUCAACAGCACCAUGACCACCCCCCAGGUCCUGAAGCUGCUGCUCAACAAAUUCAAGAUCGAGAAUUCCGCAGAGGAGUUUGCUUUGUACGUGGUCCAUACCAGCGGUGAGAAACAGAAGCUGAAGAACACCGAUUACCCUCUGGUUGCCCGAAUCCUCCAGGGACCGUGUGAGCAAGUCUCCAAAGUGUUUCUUAUGGAGAAGGACCAGGUGCAGGAGAUCACCUACGAUGUGGCCCAGUACAUAAAGUUUGAGAUGCCUGUCCUAAAAAGCUUCAUUCAGAAGCUCCAAGAGGAAGAAGAUCGAGAAGUCAAGAAACUGAUGCGCAAGUAUACUGUGCUCCGGCUCAUGAUCCGGCAGAGGCUGGAAGAGAUGGCCGAGACCCCAGCAACAAUCUGAGCCACACGAAGGAGGGGAUCCAGACACCACAGGGGCCGCCACUGGCACAAGAAGAAGCACAGGAAGCUGGGAGCCUUCCUUCCAUGGGAAUGUGUAGCUACAGACCCCUCCAGCUCCUGUGGAGCCACUAUCCAUUGCCUACAGCAGAAUGGAGAAGCCAGCAGACAGCUCCCCAUCCUCGGAUCCCCACGUUCCUCUCCUUUCUCUCACUCACAGGACUUUUGAAUUUUGUUAUAAGGACCCAACGUGUAUGUGUGUGUGUGUAUGUAUGUGAGUGUGUGUGUGUGUGUGCACUUGAGCACACACAUGCACUAGUAAGCGCGUGUGCACACAUGGUACAUAUCCACGUGCCUACCUGAUAUUAACACGGAACUGUUAAUUCCGAGCCACCAGCACCCACCUGGGGGGUUGAGAUUGAUGUCUUCCCUCAAGGGCCAGGGAGCAGCCACGCAUGUUUGGAAGGGAAGGGGUUUCUGCAAAUUCACCAUUUGGGGUAUUUAUAUAUUGGUGGAGAUCUUCCCCAUACGUCUAGAAAGACUGGGCAUUGAAAAUUAACAAAAUAGCGGCCCCAUGCCCUUGGGGAAGGUCGGAUGGAAAGAGAAAAAUAAAUCAUCUGUGGGGUAGAUGCAAUAAACCCACAAGUUUUUACACUGGAAACUUUGUUUUAAAAUAACAAAGACGUAUGUGAUCUGUGUGGAUUCUGCCUCUGUCCUCACCUCUGUGGCCAUGCCUAGGAGAAGAGACUGAUGUCUCACUCAGCAUGCCAACCCCAUGCCAUGAAGGCCAACCCCAACUCUUUGGCGCCUCCUUGAGUCGAAGGAAAUGUCUCAUGGGUUUUUCCAUGGCCAACUGGCUAGAACGGCCCAGAUCUGGACUUGUCCUUGGGUGGUGACCAGAGUUUCCCUCUUUAGGGAAUCAUAGAAGCUCCUUGCAGAAGUGACAGAUGCCUGGGAGGCCAGCCCAUUUCCCAUCAUCAAGGGCUCUCCCUGCACUUGGAGCUGAGGCAUGUGUUUGAGGUCAAGGCCAAGGGUUUCUUCUUCCCAACCACAGGAUUCUUGUAAGUUGCCCUCAACUUAUGCAUGGAGAUGGACUCCAAGCAUGAGGAAGACCCUGCUACUGACUGAGUGUGGGGCUCAGGGAAGCUCUUUGGGCUGUCCUAUGCAGGUGCACGUGGAGGGUGGAGCUUCUCUGAGCAGCCACCUGGGUGAUCUUUGGAACAGACCUCAAAUGGGGGAGAAAGAGUAGGACAGUCUGUCCCCUGUGUCUCCUUUCAGGAAGACCACUGGGUAGCUGGGCAUCAAUGUGGCUGGUACAGUUUGGAAGGCAGCUAUGCUCACCACUAUACCACCAACGCGUGGCUGGUACAGUUUGAAGAGGGACAGACAGAUGCUGGGAGCAGAGGAUGGACCAGGCAAGGGUGGGAUCUCCUAGCAGCAUGUGUCUCAGUCUUUUGGGGGGGGUGUCCCCAUCUCUUCACCUCUCCAAGAAAGGUUUUGGGAACCGGGCACUUGGCGGAAGGAGAGCCACUGAUCCGUGUCUGCAAAGAAGGUGGAUGCUUGCAGCAGAGCCGUUCCUGCCUCCUCCUGCCCCCUGCUCCCCUCUGUGGCUUCCGUAGCCUCGUUAGAUGGCUCGCAGCUGUGGUCUUGUUGACUUCCACAAAGAUGGCGUGCUGCCACCUGGCAUCUUGCCGGGGGUCUUUUAGCAAGGCGACCUCCUCUUUGGGGACAGCGCCACCAGCCCUAUGGGGCGUGGACUGGAAAUCCGGAGUCUUUAGUCUCCAUCAUACCCCUCAGUGGGCCUCCGCAAAAUGCACAGAAAACCCCGGGGGCAGGGGGAGAGGCUUCCUUUGAUAGAGCUGGGAAAGAGCCCUUGGUGAAUGCAAACAGACUUCCUGAGUUUUGCAUUUGCGAAAAUGACCUAAGAAAUUCUCUUCCAGUUACUUUUAUUUUGAAUGUUUAAAGCCUGUGUUGGACCCAUAACUCUCUUUGGUGGGUUAGGCAGAAAAAUUUCCACAGAGCAGAUGACUAACCUCUAACUUUUGUUAGAUGGCGACUUCUGAUUUAUAAAAGUUCUCUUUGAUUUGCACUAGCACUACAAUUGCUUCAAUACGGAAAUGUUGCAAAACGUAGGGUAGACCUGGCCUCUUAAAGAUGGGGUUGGGGGGGCAGGUGUCAAGGUGAAAGUCAGGGGAAAUCGCGUCUUACAGGAUACAUUCCCCUUACCACGGACUGUACUUUUCCGUUUUGGCCCACCCUGUUUGAAGAUCAUUUCUCACAUCCUAAUAACCCCAUCAGGAAUUUUGGAAAGGUCUUUUGAAAUAGCAGCGGUUGAAACAGAGACACUUCUCCAUGGUGUGGAGCCGGAUUUUCUCACUGGUAUCGUAUGGCUUUGCAGCUUUGAAUUCCUCUACUGAUUUGUGUGGUUUUAUGUAAUUGCGUGCAAUGAACCUGAAAUUGGGUGAGGAACAAAAGGCCAAUUUAUAGGUUUUUUUCCCCUAACUUGUGAAAAGCAGGCUAGCCACAUCUGGCUUUCUUUUCGUAGGGGCUUGUGUUACAAGGUGAUCAAAUGAAGGAAAAGCCUGAGUCUCAUCUGGCUGGGGGGAGGGGGGCGGUCCGUUCUGCCAGGUGUUGGUGGAAUUAAGCACAAGGUCACAUUUUCAGUGAUCACGUGAGUGGGCAGGUGAAGAGUUAAAGGGGGGCGUAGGAGGGUGGGGGAAACUUGGGGAAGGACUGACAAGCACAAGCAGCCUGCUUGCCUGUGCGGGCUGGUGAGGAAUGGGCUGGUGAGGAACGUGUGCGCCGGGCUCCAGGCUGAUAAACUUGAAUUCUACGUGAGGUUUAAGAGAGAGGAGAUCAGAUUAGCCAUCCACCCACUGGGUCCCAUGCUAGGACCAAGAGCUGAGGUUUUGGUCUGAGACUUCAAGGAGAAAUAUUCACACCCUUCCCUUCUCCCUAGCAGAAAGGAAACAAUACACUCUCCUGGAGAUCCUCAUGUAGACAUUUUUCCACCAUUGUACAUAAUAAGACUUUGAAAUAUAAUGAUACACACAACGCAAAUCUGUUCUCGGAUGUAAAACUUCUUGGCACAAAUUCUUUUCUGCAGGGUUGGGUGAUUAUUUUGGUGUCAGGAGCAAAGAGGUGCGAUGGCUCCCAGUAGGGCAAGAAACUCUCUUAAGAGAAACUCUCCUCCCCCUUCUCCCGCUUCAAAAAAUGCCAAGCUCCAUGGCACAGAGAAUAUGGUGUCAUAGAUAAAUGGCCAAGAGAGAAAUUUUCUACGAGCGGGGGAAUUUCAGGGUCUCGUGGCCAAGCCAUGAUGUGGGAGCUGAGAUAGCAAGCAGGGAAUUUCCCAGCAUCCUCGAGGCCGUAGCACACAUUUCCGAGUUGCUGCUUAAGUUGUUUUACACAAAGUCCUGCUUGAGUCAGGUGAGACGGGAAUCUCUCAGAGAGGCAGAAAUACAGAGAAAUGUGGCAGCCCUUCUUUCAGUGGAACUGAAAGCACUUCCCCUGCCACGGGAGGUUAUAGCGCCCCCCUGUGUUUGAACCAAGCACAAGACGUGGACAAGCCGGGAAGGGAAAGCCCAGUUUGCCCUUCGGAGCCUUCUCAGCUGAUUGCAGACCUGCUUCCCCGGCUGAUGGUUUCUGGUGUGUUAGUGCUAGUGUUUCUUCAGGGUUUCCCCACUUAGGUUAGCUUCGCGAGGUAUUCGUUUCUUUAUCAUAACUUGCCUUCAACAAUGGUACAUGACCCGGUUCAAUGUUUGGUUCUGAACUUUUAAAAUGAUGCAUCUGGGUAUCCUAACAUAAUUUGACGAGGCCUCAGAGGGAGCCAUAAAUGUCUGUAACAUUUUGAUAUGUUUUCAUGCACCUAACUUAGAUCUUGUUGAAAUAAAGCACUUUUCAAAGAGAA